UCCUGUAGGGAACAGGUCUACAAGGAAUUAGAAUUUCUAACGAUUCUCUCCUCUGACAACAUCCAGUCACCAUGAAUGCAAGUGAAUUCCGAAGGAGAGGAAAAGAGAUGGUGGACUAUGUGGCUGACUACAUGGAAGGCAUUGAGAAGCGCCAGGUGUACCCUGAUGUGGAGCCUGGCUACCUGCGUCCCUUGAUCCCUGCCUCUGCCCCCCAGGAACCUGACACAUUUGAGGAUAUAAUUAAUGAUGUGGAGAAGAUAAUUAUGCCAGGGGUCACCCACUGGCAUAGUCCUUACUUCUAUGCUUAUUUUCCCACGGCCAGUUCAUAUCCUUCCAUCCUUGCGGACAUGCUGUCUGGGGCUAUUGGCUGUGUUGGCUUCUCCUGGGCUGCCAGCCCAGCCUGUACAGAGCUGGAGACCGUGAUGAUGGACUGGCUUGGGAAGAUGUUGAAGCUGCCUGAGGAAUUUUUAGCAGGGAAUGUUGGAGAGGGAGGCGGAGUGAUCCAGGGAAGUGCCAGUGAAGCCACUCUGGUGGCCCUCCUUGCUGCUCGAACCAAAGUCAUUCACCGCCUGCAGGCCACCUCUCCAGGGCUAACAACAGGCGCCAUCAUGGAGAAGUUAGUGGCCUAUUCAUCAGAUCAAGCACAUUCCUCGGUGGAAAGAGCUGGAUUAAUUGGUGGAGUGAAAUUAAAGAGCAUCCCUUCAGAUAGCAAGUUUGCUAUGCGCUCUUCUGCCCUGAAGGAGGUUCUGGAGAAAGAUAAGGCAGCUGGCCUGAUUCCUUUUUUUGUGGUAGCCACCCUGGGCACAACUUCCUGCUGUUCGUUUGACAACCUUUUAGAAGUGGGCCCCAUCUGUAACCAGGAGAAUAUAUGGCUACACAUCGAUGCUGCUUACGCAGGCAGUUCCUUCAUCUGUCCUGAGUUUCGGCCUCUUCUGAAUGGAGUGGAGUUUGCAGAUUCAUUCAAUUUUAAUCCCCACAAGUGGCUUUUGGUGAAUUUUGACUGCUCGGCCAUGUGGGUGAAAAAGAGAACAGAUUUAACUGGAGCCUUUAAACUGGACCCUCUCUACUUGAAGCACAGUCACCAGGAUUCAGGCUUGAUCACGGACUACAGGCACUGGCAGUUACCACUGGGCCGAAGAUUCCGCUCUUUGAAAAUGUGGUUUGUGUUUAGAAUGUAUGGAGUCAAGGGACUGCAAGCCUAUAUCCGCAAGCAUGUCCAGCUGUCUCAUGAGUUUGAGUCUCUGGUGCGGCAGGAUCCUCGCUUUGAGAUCUGUGCAGCAGUCACACUGGGGCUGGUCUGCUUCCGGCUCAAGGGAUCCAAUCAAUUAAAUGAAGCUCUUCUGGAAAGUAUAAACAAUGCCAAAAAAAUCCACUUGGUUCCCUGUCACCUCAGGGACAACUUUGUGCUGCGUUUUGCCAUCUGCUCCCGCACUGUGGAGUCUGCUCAUAUACACUUUGCCUGGGACCACAUUAGAGAGAAAGCCUCUGAACUUCUGAAAGCCAACACCAAGGGCAAAUGAGCCAGCUGCAGUAGAUAUCAGAAGUUUAAAAAUUAUAUAUUGGAAAAGUGGAAUGCUAUACAAACAAAUCUCAUCCUGAUUCCAUGCAACCAAGCCUAAAUGUGACCUUCUUUCUUUCUUUAAACCAUCCAGAAGAUGUGAUCAAAACUGUUCAGUACCUCACCAAUGAAGAAGUAUUUUUUACUGUAUGACAAGUUAGUCCCAGUGAAUAUAGCUUCUCACAUAAUCUGGCUGUGAUUUUUUGCUGCUUAAAAUUGUAGUGUUUCAUGCUUGUAAAACUAUCAGUGGCAUAAAAGUCAUAUUGAAAUAU